GAUGUACUGUUGGACAUUUUUGUUAAGAGGGAUGACUACAAACAUGUCCAUACAACAAUUUUCUCACCUUCCCUUUAUGUUACCAACUUUUGACUCUUUUGCAGAUUCCUUCUUACCUGUAAAGCACUUGUUUGGGAAAAAGCGACUUUGAAUUUGCCUGAAAAUGGGGAAGAUUUGGGUGGAAGUAUGCUUGAUUUCGGCUCGUGGGCUUCGGAGAACAUCAGCGCUGUUUAAGCUCCAGUGGUAUGCUGUUGGGUGGAUUGAUCCCAACAACAAAUACUGCAGCAGGAUUGAUGUUUCUGGAAAUGCAAAUCCAGUUUGGAAAACAAAGUUUUCGGCUUUGGUCGAUAACUCAGAGCCAAACUUCCAAGAUUUGGCACUUCAUGUUGAAGUUUACAGCAGAGAGCCCAUCUUCCUCAGGGAAAGGCUCCAGGGGACAGCAACUGUUGUUCUGAAAGAGUUUUUCGAUAAAUAUAUCAAGAAUUCUGAGGUUUCGAAGCCAGUUGAAGAAGUCGGGAGCUUUCAACUGCGAAAAAGGAAUUCCAACAAACCUCAAGGAUUCGUUGAUGUUUCAAUCCGAGUCUCGGAGGAAAGGGAAGAAGAACCUAGUUCUUAUAUAGGUAAUGAUGAUGGAUUCAAGCUCAUGGAUCACAACAAUGGCAUUAACUUGGCCAAUGAAUAUGGAAUCUCUCAAGCACACCCACCACAAUUUCCUCUGGCACCGCUUCGCCAACCAGAAAAUCGUCCGCCAACAAAUUCCGGAUUCACCUACCCCGCGCUGCUCCCUGCAACUUAUUCUAAUUCAUCAGAAGCACGACCAAGCUACCCAUCAGCCGGUGGACCGAGCUACCCAUCAGCAGGUGGACCCAGUUAUCAGCCAGCCCGAACUCCCCCUCCACCACCACCACCGCCUUCUAAUGUCGGUUACAUACCCACUUUCCUCCCGAGAACAGAUCACUUACAACCAAGUUACAUAAACAUGCCAUCCUCAGGAGGAGCCGCCCCGGGACGUGGUGGUGGAGCUGGUUUUGGAAUGGGAAUGGGUGCCGGAGCAUUAGCAGCUGGUGCUGUGAUCUUCGGUGAUGAUUUCAUGUCAGGAUUCAAUGUUCCCGGGGGCUUGCAAGAUGCUAGUCUUACCAUAGCAACUGAUCCUCCUUUCUGACAAAUCAGCCUGUGUAAUUUUAUCUUGCAAUGAUAUAAGAUAGUGUGAAAUUAGUGUUGCAAUGUUGUUCAAUUGCUUGAUAAAAACAUCAACAUGUUCAGUACAUAGGUCAUAAAUGGACUGAGUUUUGCAAUGUCAACUUCCGGGUUUAGCUUUUAGCCUCUCUUGGCAGCGAAAGAAAAGGAAAGAACUAGUGCAUGCUAAAUAUUUACAUCUAA